GGUCAGGUCAGUUUAUUUGUAUGGAAUAAUUCUUACACAAAGAUGUUUAAAAUGGUUUACAGGAAAAUAAAGGAACAAUAAUGAAAUUACAUUUGAAACAAGAUACACGUUAAAAUAAAAAUGUCAAAUUUAGGCACCACACAAAAGCAGAAAAAGAUUACCACUAAUAAAUAGCCAAAACUUAAUAAAGGAAUCUUUGACCUUCUAGGGAAACCUGCAAUAAACAGGUAUACUCCUGGUUUAAAGGAAACCGUUUCUGCUCAUCUCCAGUUUUUAGAGAGUUGCUUGGUGUUUUGGAAAAGGUUGAUCUUAUUGAGAAUUUUGAUGUGGAUUGUACCAGGAGUCAUGAUGGUGUUCACAUUUUCUUCUCCACACGAAUUAUUUUCUCAGAUAUCUCCAACAACUAGAAGGAUUCAACUGUACCACUCCGAAGGUGUUUGUACCUCCUGUGAAAUUUCAGUCUGUCCUCGAUGCUUUUCUUGGACAUAAUUAAUGUUUUUGCUUGUCUUCAUGAUACUACUGUCAAAAAGUUUUUACCUCACUGUGUGUGUAGGUGCAUUCCUGCUGCCUGUGUAAGUAAGCUCUGCACUGGUGGUGAGACUUUAAUGUUGCACACUCCUCAGCAGGAGCCAUCCUGGCACUUGCUUGCUGAAGACACUUGGACAUCCUGAAGCCUUCAUCACUGGAAUCUCUCACCAUUAAGUUUUGAUAAUACAAAACCUGUUCUUUCAUGCAAAGUUAUGGUGAAUAUACACUUUCUUUUAAAGGCAAAGAAAGUACAAAAACAAGAAAAUGAUUGUAACCAACUUCUUUUAUAGAAUUAGGUCUGAUGCAGUCAAGCUGGCUUGAGUUGAUUGGAAAAUGUAUGAAGCUAAAUACGGGGCAAUAAAGGAAAAAUAUCAAUAAGCCUGCCAAACACUUUCCACUGGGGCAGGGGUUUCCCUUUCAGCAGGACAACAACCCUAAAGAUACAGCCAGAGCUGCAAAUGAAUGGUUUAGAUCAGAACAUAUUUAUGCAUUAGAAUGGUCCAGUCAAAGUCUAGGCUUAUAUCCAUUUGAAAAUCUGGGGCAAGACUUUCCAGAUGUACACUGGGAACAUCAGAUCUCACGAGCAUGAUUUAUCCCUACAAAGGGGGGAGUUUCUAGAUGUGCAAAAUUAGACCAGGCAUACCCCAAAAGAUUUGCUCAGGAGAGCGUUGAAUCAUUUAUGAUUGUAAGUAAAGAUUUGUGUCACUGUGAACGGUAUUUUAUGUGGGGCUUGUAUAUCACAGGUUGCUUUUCUAUUAUUAAAAGUGUAUGUUCAAAACUCAAAUUGUAUUGCUUUCAAAAAAGCCCUCAUUUGCAAAUAGAUGGAGUACCCAAAUGUUUCUUAUCCGUCCUUUGACCGUGCUCUUUCCUGACUGGUGGUUUUUGACAUGGGCUACAUGGGCAGUUGCCAAGGGCGUCAUUAAACAUGGGGGAUCCUUAGUACAACCUAUCUGUCAGUUGUGCCCUGAGCAAGUUUUCUAUUGUUUUUGUGCAUAUGCCUGUCAAAGAUUGGUUAGCACCCCUGUGUGUUGAGUAGGGGUCCCCUGUUUGCUGCUAGGACAGAGAGCCAAGGUUAAGCACUUUGUGGAGAGUUGCUCUCCAUUUUAUCCUGCUCGAGAAUCUCAGAUAAUUUCUCACAUUUUAAGUGUUUGGAAGGUUAGGAGAAGGCUGGUCUCAUCCAGGGUGCCAUUCAUGCAAGGACCACCACUGUUUCCUGACCUGCAUUAUCAAAUUCACCCCCCGCCUCACACACACAUAAUUUUACCCUUUCCCUUUUUCUGCUCUUAAUGUGCAGUGGUGACUAACGUUGCCUUCAGUGUGAAUUAAAAUAGACUAACCCUGGAGCAAAGCAGCUCACAGUGGCACAGGGGGAGCAAGAUGUGCGCUCAUGUACAACCCAAACUUCACAUGCACAAACACAGCUGGGCGAAUUAAACUCCAAAUGAAUAGUGACAAACGAACCGCUAGUGUCAAAAUUGAUUUUCCACAGAUACAAGAAGCAAUUAGUAUCCGUCUUCUGAUCCUACCAUCCUGGAACAGGCAUCCGUGACAAACAAUGAGAGAGGAGGCUGAGCAAAGUGGCGCUGAAGGUUUGUAACUUUCACACAGGUAGGAGCUGGAAGACGUGUCUGUUUCUAUAUUGGUGGUUUGAGUAAACGUUUUAACCAAGUCAGCGCAACUUGGACUAUUCUGAGAGGAAUAUAUGUUGGAAAAUGAGUCACGUUAGGUGGUGAUGCGCGUCAAGCUUGGAGGAGAAGAGCGGAAGGCGGGGACAGUGUGGAGGCUGCUUUGGUCAUUGGUUUGUCAAAGGUGCAGACGCUCAGCACCGUCUUCCUCCAAAAAGGGGAGGAAAACAGCUGUUGAGGGAGUUCACAGAGACGAAGUGCUGCGUGUUGUUGUUGAUUUGCAAUCACAGACUGUCUCUCCAGGGAGCUGGUUGCUAGAAAAAAGGGAGAGCAACACCUUUUUUUAAAAAGGGCAAGGAGCGAAGAGAGGAGAAGUGACCAAUCCGAAGCAAUGUUCGGCAUGAUCAGAAAUUCGCUCUUCGGAAAUUCCGAGGAGACCGAGUACAAAGUCCUCAGCAGCGAGACUAAGAAUGGAGUUCGCUUUGAGGUGAGACGUUAUGAUGCUGCAAAAUACGCCGCCAUCUCCUCUGAAGGAAGAACCUAUGAUCAAGUAAUUGGGGAGCUGGUGCGGAAGCUGCUGACGUACAUUGGUGGAAACAAUGAGCAAGGUGAGGCCAUGGGGAUAGCAUUUCCCAUCAUCAUCACAGUAUACCCACGGAAUGAUGGCGUUUUCUCCCGACGUUUGGUAGUGGGCAUCCAGAUCCCCAUCGCCUACCAGCAAGACCCCCCAGCUCCCACUGACAGUGCUAUCAGGAUUGAGGAGCGGCCUGGCAUGACUGUAUAUGCUCUACAGUUUGGUGGCUUUGCGGGGGAGAGCGAGUAUCGGGCUGAGGCGUCCCGCCUGACGCGCACCUUGGGCGAGACAACCCCCUUUCAGCGCAAGCAGUACUUCUGCUGCAGCUAUGACCCACCACUCAAGCCUUAUGGGCGUAGAAAUGAAGUUUGGUUUCUACAGGAGGACCCGUGAAUGGCCAAUCAGUCACAUCUGAUGCUUAAUCCUCUAAAACAAUCUACACCAUUGUUAGGUUCAAAUUAAACAUACUUAACAUUUAAAAACAAACUAGAAUUCAUCUUAAGAAUGACCAAAAUUUAGGAAAGAAGCAAUCAUAUGAAACUAAAUUAGCUUCCACUUGUCGUGAAACAGUGUAAAUAAUUUAUUUUAUGGAGAAUUAUAUUUGUCUUUGAACCUAAUAAGUCCCUGUAGAGUUGAAAUGCCAAUGAGCUACAAUUUGCACAGCUUCAGUUUAAAUAACAGUGACAACUACAGAGAAACGUGAAGACCUAACGUGGAAAAUGGCUGCAAAAGGAAACCUUUCUGAUUAAAAUACAGUGAAGUUUAACCAUAAAGUGGAAUAUGGCUUUAUAAAUGAGCUGUAAGGGGACCUUUGCUUGUUUGGGCUACGACUACACAUACUUUGUUAUAUGUUCAUCUAGAAAGCAUCUGUAUGUUCAGUAAGGACUUUUUGUUUUACUGCAUGAGAUAUUACAAUUUUGAUUUCAUUAAACUCUACGGAGUGUUUUGUGAUCCGUCUGUCCACGUAAGGGUUUUGUGCAUAGUGAAUUUUUUUAAGGCUUGAGUGUUUCUCUGCAUAAUAAAAUACAUGAUUCAGUUAUAGUCUGCA